UCCUAGUAUUGAAAAGCUACUAUCAAAGGACUGGAAAGACAAGCUUCUUGCCAUGGGAUCAGGGAACUUUGGAGAAAUAAAAGGGACUCCAGAAAGCCUAGCUGAGAAAGAAAGGCAGCUUAUGGGUAUGAUCAAUCAACUGACCAGUUUGCGUGAGCAGCUGCUGGCAGCUCAUGAUGAACAGAAGAAACUGGCUGCAUCACAAAUCGAGAAACAACGCCAGCAAAUGGAGCUGGCUAAGCAGCAACAGGAACAGAUUGCAAGACAACAGCAGCAGCUCCUGCAGCAGCAACACAAAAUUAACCUUCUUCAGCAGCAGAUCCAGGUUCAAGGUCAGAUGCCUCCAUUGAUGAUUCCAGUGUUCCCUCCAGAUCAACGAACCCUAGCAGCAGCUGCUCAGCAAGGAUUCCUCCUUCCUCCUGGUUUCAGCUACAAGGCAGGAUGCAGUGACCCUUACCCUGUUCAGCUGAUCCCAACUACCAUGGCAGCUGCUGCCGCAGCAACACCAGGCUUAGGUCCACUCCAACUGCAGCAGUUGUAUGCUGCCCAGCUUGCUGCAAUGCAAGUGUCUCCAGGAGGCAAGAUACCUGGCAUACCCCAAGGCAACCUUGGUGCGGCUGUAUCCCCUACCAGUAUCCACACAGACAAGAGCACAAACAGUCCUCCACCCAAAAGCAAGGAUGAAGUGGCUCAGCCGCUGAACCUCUCAGCUAAACCCAAGACGUCUGAGGGAAAAUCUCCUACAUCGCCCACUUCUCCUCACAUGCCAGCUCUGAGAAUAAACAGUGGGGCCAGUUCACUCAAAUCCUCAGUGCCAGCAACAUUAGCCAGUCCCUCGGCCAGAGUUAACACAAUAGAUAUUCUUUCUUCUAUCACGUCGUCAGGUUAUUUAAAUGACCAUGAUGCUGUUACCAAGGCAAUCCAGGAGGCCCGACAGAUGAAGGAGCAACUUCGGAGGGAACAACAGGUGCUUGAUGGGAAGGUGGCUGUUGUGAAUAGUCUGGGUCUCAGUAACUGCAGGACAGAAAAGGACAAAACAACACUGGAGAGCCUGACACAACAGCUGGCAGUAAAACAGAAUGAAGAUGGGAAAUUUAGCCAUGCUAUGAUGGAUUUCAACAUGAGUGGGGAUUCUGACGGAAGUGCAGGUGUCUCAGAAUCUAGAAUUUAUCGGGAAUCCAGAGGGCGUGGAAGUAAUGAACCCCAUAUCAAGCGUCCAAUGAAUGCCUUCAUGGUGUGGGCUAAAGAUGAGCGAAGGAAGAUCCUUCAAGCCUUCCCUGACAUGCACAACUCCAACAUUAGCAAGAUUCUGGGAUCUCGCUGGAAAGCUAUGACAAACCUAGAGAAGCAGCCAUACUAUGAGGAGCAGGCCCGACUCAGCAAGCAACAUCUGGAGAAAUACCCAGACUAUAAAUACAAGCCCAGGCCGAAGCGCACCUGUCUUGUGGAUGGCAAAAAAUUGCGGAUCGGCGAGUACAAGGCAAUCAUGCGCAACAGGCGACAAGAGAUGAGGCAGUAUUUUAAUGUUGGGCAACAAGCACAGAUUCCUAUCGCCACCGCCGGUGUAGUCUACCCAGGAGCCAUCGCGAUGGCAGGAAUGCCCUCCCCCCAUCUGCCGUCAGAGCACUCGAGUGUGUCCAGCAGCCCGGAGCCCGGGAUGCCUGUCAUCCAGAGCACUUAUGGCAUCAAAGGCGAGGAGCCGCACAUCAAAGAGGAGAUGCAGGCCAAUGACAUCAAUGGAGAAAUCUACGAUGAGUAUGACGAAGAAGAGGAUGACCCUGAUGUGGACUACGGCAGUGACAGUGAAAAUCACAUUGCAGGACAAGCCAACUGAUAAGGGUCCAAAUAUUGUGUGACCUUACAGGACUUCAAGGAAAAAAAAAAAGCCCCACCUGGUUUAUCCUUACCAGUGGCCAAGCACAUUAACUUUCUCAUACACUGACUGUUACUUUAACUGUUAGUCUUAACUAGUUGGGACAUCAGCUGACUAAUAGACAUCAGCCUGCAUUUAAAAAAAAAAAGGCCCAGAAGAAAGAAAACAACGUCGAUAA